UUAACAAUAUACUAUGACUGAACAUACAAACCAUAUUUUAAAACUUGAUAAUAAUCUUUUGCCCAUUGAGGAGCCUUUCAACACCUACUCCUUGAAGUUUUCUUCUUUCAUUCUUUCUUCUGUUCCUUUUUUUCCAGCAUUUCAGAAAGUAUUCUCCUUUGAUUUUGUGUGUUUGUGUGAAUUACAAAGAAAGCAUUAGCAUUAUUCAUGGCUGGAAACAAAUUUGCAACCAUGUUGCACAAGAACACCCACAAAAUCACUAUGAUUCUAGUCUAUGCAGUCCUUGAAUGGAUCUUGAUCAUUCUUCUUCUCCUCAACUCUUUGUUCACUUAUUUGAUCACAAAGUUUGCCGACUACUUUGGCCUUAAAAGGCCCUGCUUAUGGUGUUCUAGAGUUGAUCAUGUCUUGGAGCCUGGAAAUAAUACAAACUCCUACAGAGAUCUUGUAUGUGAGGCUCAUGCUAGUGAGAUUUCCAGACUGACUUAUUGUUCGGGUCAUCAAAGAUUGGCUGAAACUCACAAUUUGUGCACGGAAUGCUUGGCUUCUCAGCCACAAAACAACGAUGAAUCCAUUGGGAUGGCAAGGAGGAUCACGUUCAUUUCUUUGAUGAGUACGCAGAAACUUGACAAUGGUGAUCGGGUUGACAGAUGUUCUUGCUGCAGUGAGAGCUUGAGCAGUAAGCUUUAUCCUCCUUACUUGCUUUUUAAGUCUUCUUGGGGUGCUUUGGAUUAUGCACAGGCAAGAGGUUUGAUUACAGAAGCAAUGGAUGAUGACAACAAUGGAGUUGAGUUCAAAGAGAAAAAGAAGCCUAACAGCCCAGCAAGUCUUGAGGAAAAUGAGUUAAGUAAUGUUAUUUCUGAUAUUGAUAGUUUCGGUCUCACAGAAGUUGCAGAGGAAAAUUACUCAAGGUCUGAAUCAAACCUGCAAUAUGAAGAAAAGGAAGCUUAUGAAGGUGAGGAAUCAGGUAAGGCUUCCGUUCAUUCUUCUCUUGAUGAAGACAACAUCAUUCAAUUCUGUUCAGGAGAAGAUGAUUUACUUGAAAUUAUCAACCUGGGUUCUGAAAAAAAUAUUGAGUUUCAUUUCAAUCGAUUAAUUCCCAUUGAGUUGAUUGAUUCAUCAACUGCGGCAAAUCAAGUAUCCUGCAAAAUAGACGAGGGGGUGCUUAGAACAAAAGUUGAUGAAAAUGAAACUUUUGGUUCUUCAUUACUGAGUGAAACGCAAGACAAUGUCUUGGUAGAGGCACAAUUAAUUGGAAUGGAUGACAACGGAGAGAAGGCAAGGUAUGAAGAAUCAGAAAAAUCGGAGAAUGGUGUGGAUGAAGUUGAGGAUUUUUCAGUUCAAAAUGUUGGAGAAAAGAAAAUCAGGAACAGAAGAAUAGAUCAGAUUUUAUCCACAAAUGGCGAUGACAUUGGAACAGAAACCGUGAAUGAACCAGGUAGCCUUAAAGCUCAAACAGAAGAAGCAAAUGAGGCAGCCAACAAGCCUCAAGCUCAAGAACCCGCAUUGACAUGCCAACAAGAAGACCAAUCUUCCAUGAACAAACCUGAGUCUGAAUUUAUUAACCACUCUGAAGACAUCUGUCAGAAUGAUCUUGAUCAAAAGCAUGAAGAGACAAACACCAACCAGGAGAAUAUGAGUUUGGUUUGCAAGAAUCAAGAAGGGAUCAACUUAAAUUUGUCCAUUCGUUCGGAGCCUAAUGAAGCAGAUGAAGAGAAAUUUCCCGAGACACCAACCUAUGCUGAAAAUUUCCAGUACUUGCACAAGAAAUUACUACUGUUGGAGAAGAUAGAAUCAGGAACAGAAGAAUCUUUGGAUGGAAGUGUAAUAAGCGAGAUGGAAAGUAGUGAUCCGGUCCGAACAAUUGAGCGGUUGAGAUCAGCUCUGAGAACCGAACGGAAAACCCUGGGUGCCUUAUAUGCAGAACUAGAGGAAGAAAGGAGUGCCUCUGCCAUUGCUGCUAACCAGACAAUGGCUAUGAUAACCAGGCUUCAAGAGGAGAAAGCAGCAAUGCAAAUGGAAGCUUUACAAUAUCAGAGAAUGAUGGAAGAGCAAUCUGAAUAUGAUCAGGAAGCCUUACAACUUCUGAAUGACCUCAUGGUCAAGAGAGAAAAGGAGAAGCAAGAACUUGAGAAAGAAUUGGAAGUAUAUCACAAGAAGGUUCUGGAUUAUGAAUUGAAAGAGAAGAUGAGAAUAAUGAGGAGAAGUAUUGAUGGAAGCAUAAGAAGCAGGAAAUCUUCUGCUUCUUGCAGCAAUUCUGAGGAUACCGAUGAGCUCUCGAUCGAUCUUAAUCGUGAAGCAAAGGAUGAAGAGAGUAGCUUCUGCAGCCGUCAAGAAAGCAGUAACAAUUCUCCAGCCGAUGAAGUUAUAAAUUUGGAAGAAAUGGCGCUGGAUUGUGUCCAGCAUAUGACUGCUCUUGAUGAAUCAUUGACAGAAUUUGAGGAAGAGAGGUUGUCCAUUCUAGAUCAGCUUAAGAUACUUGAAGAGAAACUACUUACAGUUGGUGAUGAUGAAUUCAUUGAGGAUAUGAAAUCAAUAAACCAAUCCUCAAACUAUGGUGUCAAUCAACUUGAUGAGAACCAUGAAUUUAGCAGUCCAACAGAAAAUGGAGACUCAAAUGAUUUUUAUAAGGAUAGGCUUUAUCCUGAGAGCAAAACUAUGGUUUCCAUGGCAAAGAGCCUGCUUCCUCUUCUGGAUGCAACUGAUAAUGAGACAGAAGAAUUGAUAUAUGAACAACAGGCAGAGUUUGAAUCUGUUGAAAUUCAAAACUCUUCAGUUUCCACUCUUGAUCUUGACAACAAAAGACUAGCCAUUGUGGAAGAGGUGGAUCAUGUGUACGAGCGACUCCAAGCUCUCGAAGAAGAUAGGGAGUUUCUAAAGCAUUGUGUGAGCUCUGUAAAGAAAGGAGACAGAGGUAUGGAUCUUCUCCAAGAGAUCUUGCAACAUCUCCGUGAUCUGAGGGCAGUCGAACUCCGAGCAAGUAACAUGGAUAAUGAUGCUCAGAUCCUCUAGAAAGAAGUUGCAGCAAAAAAAUGGAACUGAUUACAAGAGACUGCUUUCUCCAUGAUGAGAUUAAUGACACUGCAGAUGUCAGCUGUAUAAGAACUUCGCCUGAGCAAGCAAGCAAAAAAAGUUUAUAGAAUUAAGAAUUUUCCGCCCAAAAACCAGGAAACCUCUAGAUGGGGGAGGUGAUCCUGUGGUCUGGUUUGUUUAAAUUAGUGAAGGUCAUGCAGACUACAAAAGUUGAAGGUUUGCCCUUACCUCUUAAGUUGUCUUCUGGGCUUCUACACAAUCAUGUGAAGCCUAAAUUUUGUAGUAUCUCCCCCUCACUGCUCCUUUUUCCUGGAAAAGGCAAAAGAUGGUAAGCUUGAAUGUGCAGGGAAGGUACUCAUUUCAUUAUAUUUAUAUCUCAUUUGAGCAUAGAGGGGAAGGGGCUAAAGGGGAAGAGGAAGAAAGGAUAGUUCUUUCUUCCCCUGGUGUUAGACUUGUUAAAUGCCAUGAAUUUUCAGUAAAUGGAAACAAUUAUAUUGUUAAACAUCUGUCAGUUGUCUUCAUUCAUCAGGGGUGUUUGUCAUUGAAAUGCUUUAACCCUUGCUUUGUGAACCAGUUGCAGGGCAGCUAGCUUUUCACAGAAAUAGAAGACAAGAACCAAUUUAAGUUUCUUUCUAAAUUA